GCCGGACGGAGGCGUGGAGGCGAAGAGCCUGCCCUGCCCGCCCCCGGGAGGAGGCCGGCGGGAGGGCGAAGGAGGAGCGCUGCGCAGCCCAGAGACCCUUCCCGGCUUGCAAGGGUGUUAAUGGAGAAGAGGUCGGAUGACAGCCGGGACUGUGGUCAUCACAGGUGGAAUAUUAGCAACCGUCAUCCUACUGUGUAUCAUUGCUGUCCUCUGCUAUUGUAGGCUUCAGUAUUACUGCUGCAAGAAGGAGGAAUCCGAAGAGGACGAAGAUGAGCCGGACUUUGGGGCGGACUCCCACAUCCCUCCCCUUCACUGCAACCGCAACGUGGCCCUGACCAACGGCCCCUCCCUCUACCGCUCCUCGUCCUCUUCUUCUCCCUACAAGAAGGCCUCCUCGCAGGGCCGGACUCUGUGCCACAGCUGCUCCCACUAUGAGCCGCCUUCCUUCUUCCUUCAAGAGCCAGAGGAGGAGGAGGAGGAAGAGGAGGAAGAGGAGGACGAAGAGGUCCGGAACGGAGGCAACCUGGUCAACUAUAAGGCCAUCAGCCAGGAGGACCUGGAGGCCCCCGCUGGCUUGGCUGGCCUCCAAGCCCUCAACCCCAACCGGCUCUCGGCCAUGCGCGAAGCAUUCUCCCGCAGCCGCAGCAUCAGCACCGACGUCUGACCAGCCUCCGCCGCUGGCGGGGGUUGGCGCCGUCCUGGGCUGGGGGGCAGCAUGUGGGCCCUUAAGGGUGCCCGUUUCCUCUGCCCUUGAGGCUUUUUAAAAAGCGGUUCCUGUUUUAAACAAAGGAAAUCAGUGGGAAGGGGGUGUUUUAAAAUGAGAAAUUCAUGUAUUUAUGUGUCGUUCUGUUUAUCCAAAUCCCUGUUGGUAAAGCACAGCAUAAACGGGAAGGUGGAGGAGAGCACAGAAAGGGGAGCAAGUGGGCCUUUUUCUAAGGCGGAGUAUGGACCAUGACCGAGAUUUUGACCACUGAGGAGCCCCCAUUAUUUUCUGCCCCAUUGAAGAAAGGGCGGAGCCCCUUCCUGAGCAGAAGCUGGGCAGGGGGCAGCCCAUGGUGGUUUUUUGGGUGGCCCGUCGGAUGAUGGCUUCAGGCCCACAGGUCUUGCCCCUGAAGGCCAAGCAUGGCCAGGAGGACCUGCUCCCGGAGGGGGGGGGCUCGGCCUUCCAGGCUAGGCUGCCUGCCCCUCCCACAGGCCUUUGGGGCCGACCGAAGCAGCUCACUCUCCUGGGGCUGUGUGUCUUUUUGUAGCCGAUCCUUUAGGUGCACCAGAGGGCACCCAUGCUCUGGGCAGAGGAAGGCAAGAGGGAAGGAAGGCCCCUUGCUCUGAGGAGACCUUCUGGACCCCGGGGACUCAGAUCUCAUCCCUUCCAUCCCUUGGUGCCCCUGCAGCCCUGAGCCCAAGAGAAGAAGGGGUGCUUUCUGCCGUCCAGGAGGAAAAGGGGUGGCCAAUCCUGCUCCACCAGCAGCCCCCCCCCCAUUAUCUUGGCUGAUGCUACCGGGCCAUCUCCUCCGCAAGGCCACUCCUGGCUUCCCACCUCAUGCCUGCUUCCAGCGGACCAGCUGGACAGAGUGUGCCACUAUAAAACCCACACCAGAUCAUCAGCUGGCAGCGCCCCUGGGCUCUUGGGGGUGAGAAAUGCUUCUAUGGGAUUGCACUCACGCUUCUCAAAGGAGUCCCCUUGGGCCCUUCCAAGGAGAAAGGUGGGGUAAAAAUAAUUUACAUAGAUAAAUAAAAAGAAUACGAUAGGAUGCUAAACCUCCCUGGUCUUCACACCAAUAUGGGGAACUGGGCGCAGGAAGCCGUUUUCCUGGUUUGGCUGGCAUCCUGCGUAGCGACGCCAGGGACGAGUGAUGGGAAGAGGCCAGUGAGGCAGCAGACACCAUCUUGACUCCCCUGCUAAGCCACAAGCAGGGAGGAUCCUUAAGUGCUCCUGGGGGCAAGUGUGUGUGUGUGUGGGGGGUGUCUCUGGAACGGGGGGGGGAUGCACAAUUCUGCUCAUACUUGAGUGGAACGAGUGUUGAUUUCAAUGGCAGUGACGAGGUAGAAUAGCCGAGAAGACGACGACGGGAUUCUGCAUUUGUGACACAGCCCUGGGAGAGGGGGAAACGAUACCAUGAUGGCCAACAAAGUCACAGGUUGCGCCGAGUUCUAGCCAGCGAGGCCGUGGAGUGCAGUGUUGUGUGGAAAUGUUGUAGCACCUUUUAUCAGCAGUUCAUGACCAGUGCAGAAUAAGGACCGGGAGAUUUAAAAAAAAAAA